AUGAUUCCUAUGCUCGCAGCCACGCUUGCGGAGGCCUUCAUCCUGCAGCGCUCUGUUUUCACAGAUACCCCGUUGCGGACUGUUGUUUUCGGCUCAGCAGCUGUUAAUCUGCUUAUCCUAGCGAUCUACAAUGUCUGGAUAUGGCCAUUCUUCCUCGAUCCCCUGCGGCAUCUUCCUCGCGCCCCCGGGAGGUUCAACAUGCUCCGGUUCAUCUUCGAUAACCCUCGCGGUAGACUUCCUUUGCUAUGGAUGAAAACAGUACCCAAUGAUGGUCUUAUCUACUUCCGGGAUCUCUUGAACCGAACCCAGCUCCUGGCGACAAACCACCAGGCGCUUCUUGAUGUCAUGAGCACGAAUACCUACGAUUUCGAGAAGCCCUGGCGGGCGCGCGAGUUCCUGGCCCGUAUCAUCGGGUUUGGUCUGAUAUUGUCUGAGGGGGCGGCGCACAAAAGGCAGCGCCGUGCGCUGACGCCCUUCUUCACUAUCAAGAACGUCCGUGCCCUCUACACAUUAAUGUGGGACAAAACAAACCAGCUUCUUGUGGAGAUGGACAAGCAAAUCAGUCGGUGUCCGAUGGAAGGGACUAGUCCGGACAGCGGCUGGGGCAAGGUCGAAAUGAGUGUUUGGGCGAGGUAUUUCACCCUCAGUCGUCUUACUUUGGAUGUUAUUGGCCCCGCGGCCAUGGGACGAGACUUUCGGUCUCUUCAGAACGCUGAAAAUAAGGUCGCUGAUAGCUUCCUCGCUAUUCUAGAGCCGACCAAAGAAAAAAUCGCUUUCCUAGCGAUUAACUUCCUCCUACCGCAGUGGUUCGCUAAGAAACUCCCAUGGCGUCUGAACCAGGUGAUUGAAGAGCAAGUUGGUUAUCUUCGUGAUCUCUGUAAGGAGAUCGUCCAUGAAAAGAGAGCCGCCAUCACAGCCACCAAGGUCACGGCCUCUGAACUCGAGGCUGACAUUCUCGGCUCCAUGAUGCUUAGCGGUGACUUUACGGACGACGAGCUGGUUGAUCAAAUGCUCACCUUCCUUGCAGCUGGUCACGAAACAACCGCCAGCGCCCUAACCUGGACCUGCUACCUUCUUACUCUCCACCCAGAGGUCCAGGACCGUCUUCGGGCUGAAAUCCGCACCGCUAUUCCCCAUUCCACCCAUCCGGUUACACAUUCUGACCUCGAAUCUCUUCCCCUCCUUAAUGGCGUUUGCCAGGAAGUACUCCGCCUUUACCCCACGGUGCCUUCCACAAUCCGGGAAGCAGUCCGUGACACGACCGUGGCCGGAAAGCAUGUUCCCAAGGGAACAAAGAUCAUGUUAUGCCCGUACGCAAUCAACCGGGCACCUGAGUUUUGGGGGGCCGACGGCGACGCGUUCCGUCCUGAGCGGUGGAUCGAUACAGAUCCCGUAACUGGAAAGACGAGCGUGAACAACCACGGCGGAGCAGCAACAAACUACGCGCAGAUUACGUUCCUGCACGGGCAGCGGAGCUGUAUUGGGAAGGACUUUGCGCGUGCGGAACUGAGGUGUGCGGUUGCAGGGGUUGUGGGGAGGUACGAGUUUGCCAUGCAAGAUCCCAAGCAGGUGAUCCAUAUCUCUGGUGCUGUGACCACGAAGCCAGUUGAGGGAAUGCAUUUGCGGAUGAGGAGGGUGGAGGGAUGGUGA